UCAUUCGCCUCUCGCUUACUGGAGUUCUGAUUCUCUUUCUGGCUAAAAGGCUUUGGAUUGACAUCAGGUUCCUUCCAUGAUCGCAGCCAAUUUCGGAUGUCAUUCUCGCUUCGGAGACUUAAUGACUUUCGCUAACAUUUCCAUCCGUGAAUGUUUCGUCUUUCGUCAAGUGCAAUCCGUGGAAGGAAUUCUGCCUGUAGGGAAAAGUUAGCAAAAGCUUUAGGUAGUGUACAUACAAGAUUCAACAUAUCAGGCUCAAGUGUUCCUACACACUUAGCAAGUUUAUCAUAACAAGUUAGAAAAAGAAGGAAACGAAGAACCAGCAGGCCUGCAAUUCGAUCAUGUCUCGACACUGGAGGGCAUUUUGAUGAUGCACAUUAGAAACAAACCAGCUGAGUGCUCCUCAACAACAACCAGAAAAGACCAACCAGCUGGAUAGGGCUUCCCCAACAUGUCACAGAAUGGCUUCGAUGACCAUGAUGCCAUUCUAUCGUUCGAAGAAGACUACAGCAAUAAAAUUCAUUUCUAUAUCUCCGAAGAAGACUUGGAUGACGACCUUGGGCGAUCACACGGGUCGUCUGUAACUAAGAUUCGUAACGACAGCAACAUCUCAGAAACGAUUCACGAAACGGCAAUAAAGGAAGAAACGCAGUUGACAGUAUCAGAGGCGCCAGAUUUAGCCCUUGGUGUAGUGGAAGGUAGCAAUGGUGGUUUGGAUGGUGGUAGGGGCGCUGUGCACAGAAUGCCUAGUCCUGCCCAGGAGAGGAGGUUGGUCCCAAAGACAUCAAGUCCGCUGGCAGGUGGGAAAUCUCCCAUUGAGCUGGGGACGCCUGCCAGUCCGUCAAAUGUCCAAGCCACGUCGGAAAGGAAAUGGCCGGAAAGGUGCGUCAGCGCGGGAUCAAGGGAUCACAAACCUCAGGCCUCCCCAACAAGUCCAAGUGUGCCACUGUACUCCCCUAAGGCUCACAGCACUCCCCACGAUGACCUCACAAGAAAGAGGUCGGUAAGUCCCGCAGUCACUCCCCGAAUACGCUUGUCAUCUCCACCAGAACCCUUCAGAGGGAGUGCCUCAGUCAGUGAGACCUCAUCUCAUACAAUCCUUGAUGAAUUUCUGUUAGAAUCCCAGUCCAAAUCAGCUACGAUUCCAAGGGAACAAUCAAAGGCUUUAUCAACGAUCACAAAACCCAAGCCCAAGCCUCACAGUAUGUCAAGCUCCAUGGCCAAGACAUAUAACUAUAGCGUCGGUCUAGAUCACCUAGACAAUCUGUGUCGUCUAAUUGAACAGUUGGCGAGCUUGAAGGAGGAGAAUUCCAAGUUUAAAAAGAAAUGUGCUUACCUUGAAGACACCAAAGAUAUUUUGAAAAUUCAGAAUAUUAUGCUUCAACGGCAAGUUGAAGAGCAAAACAGAGAGCUGGAGAGGUCCUCAAGCGACACCACCUUACAGAAGAACAAAAGUGAAAGUGCUCUAGCCGACGUCAGAAAGGACUAUGACAAUCUUUACGAUGAUGAUGUGUUCUCUAAAAGCGGCUCCGUAACACCGAAACUUCGGCACAGAGGCUUAAAGCCCCGCAGCCAGUCAGUUGGGUCGGUGGACUUUGCAGAGCAGAUAAUCAACAAGAGUGUUGAUUCUCAUGGGGCCAUUCUGGCAUCAGUCGUUGCACCAUCUAAAAACUCUCACGAUAAAUUCAAAAAGUCAUUCAAAUUCACGAGAUGGGAAACUGUUAAAAGGGUGUUUGGGAAGGGUAAGAAGGAAGAUGGUGUCACAACAGAGAAUUUUGGUUCCGUGAUACGAAGUAAAGUCCCAACCUUUCAUCUACUGGAUCUCCGACCCAAAGGACAUCAAGGACCUGAUCGCCCUUUAAGACGUUCGGUGUCAUCUAUUGAGCCAUCUUCCCCUAGUCCGUCAUCGUCUCACAGCGAGCCACCACAUGCGUCCCAUGACGAUGAUCUCACUUCUGAGGUAUGGAUGGGUCCUGCGGACAAACGAGGUGAUACUAGCCCUGGUUACAUGAGUGACGGGAACUUAGAGCUUCUUGUGAUAGACUUAGACGCCUCGAAACGGGGGCACAUCGUGGGACCACACGGACAGCGGUUGGAGCGUCGAAAGUCUAGUCCUACAUUAUCUGUGAAUAAAUCGAGUGACGAUGAAGGUGAGGAAAUAAAAAGACCGACUACUCCUGUUUUAGGGAGAAGUGGCAGCUUUCGUCGUCAUGAGUAUAAAAGCCAAUCACAGGAACUGCAAGACAGAAAUGAGCGCAGAGGGGAACCAGAUUCAAAAAUCAAAAGUCGAACUGCCUGGGGUAAAGUUAAAGAGUAUAUUCAUACGCGGAAGGACAGUCUGAAGAAGAGACCCUCGAGGGGACGGAAACACCAGGAUGUUGAGAAUCGUAAAAGUAUGACGGAUGCAAUAUUCAGGUCUGGGGAGAAUCUUACUGGUAAUGGGGAGAAUUUGAGCCGAUCGCUGGAAGCAAGUAUGGACUCUACGGGCCAGUACCCGUCGCCGUCUCAAACUCGGCCUAAGCCAGCACUGGAACCUGCACUCAGCUCUGGGAUGACCGCGAGCCGCACCGUGGACCUAACCGCACUACUGGGUGGUAUGAGUGAGGAAUACACCAAAAAGAUGCGAGAAUGGGAGGAGAAGAAGACCUCAACGAGGACAACUCUAUUGUCUCACAGAUCAGACAGUGGAAGCAUUCCAGACAAUCUGGGUACCGUUGCAUCUUCAUCCGAACCUAACCUAUCAGAGGAGUUUGUCCAUAGCGAAGAAUGGGAGGGACUCAAGUCAUCGCAUACAGCGAUUGAGCUAACCUCAAAGUCGAAGUCUGAAGCCACGUCAACCGAUAGCACGCCAAGGGAGAGUACGGUAGCUCCGCCAUCGUCUUUGGACGAACUAACCAGGAGUAUGUCAGAUAGCUUCAACCGUAAGAUGCAGGAGUGGGAGCGGAAGCGUCAUGGUGGUGGUGGCAGUGGUGGCAGUGGAGGUGGUGGUACAGGUGGUGGUGGUGGUGGUGGUGGUGGUAGUAGCGGGAGUAGUCUUGCGACCAGCAUGGAAUUGGCUGGCCCUCCGGAUAAGAAAUCCGCGUGGAACUGGCAGAAAUCGGAGAAAAAGAAAGACAAACAUGACAAGGAGAAGUUACGGUUAGACCGCAUGAGGGAAAAGGAGUUACAGAAGGUCGAACGAGAACAGCAGAAGUUAGAGAAGGAGAAGCAUAGGUUAGAGAGGGAGAGACAACGGACUUUUAAGCGUGAAGUAGAGUUGGAAAGAAAGAAAGAACAGUUAGAAGACUUUGGAUGGGACUUGCACCACCUCCACCGGGACCACCCCCUACACUUGUUCUCCGAAGAGGGCAAGUACAAAUACGUGAACGUUGGUGAAUAUGCCGUCGAGGGAAUAUCUGAAGAGUUUGCCAAGCGGUUACAGGAAUGGGAGAUACGCAAGGGACAGAAGAAGGAGCAUCAGCCUCUGUCUUCGAAUGAUGCGCAGCAUCUCUUGACUGAGGACCUGCAGGCCAUGACAAGAGCCGAUGCUGUUAACAUUCCACCGCAUAUCUCUCGCCAGUCUGAAGGCAACAUCAUCCUGCCACCUCAGUUCAAAGAGGGGCAUGUUCCGUUGCCCAUUGUAAUCAGAACCCACCAUGGCAUCCCGGAGCAGAUAGGCAGCAUCCAACCACUUCCCCAGACGGUCCGGGUCGAUCCUACGUACCAGAAGGCACACCAGACUGUCCAUGAGACGCAGACCACACCAAGAAAAACCAUGGAUCAGGGCACGAGUCCUGAGAGUACGGUCUUUACCUACCCGACGGUCAUAGAAAUGCAAGAAUCGAAUGUCCAUUUACGUCAGCAGCUACGACAGAAGGAGAGUGACUACCGUAACCUUCAGGAUGACCUUGAAGGGUUGAACAGGGCCCUGAGGAGAAUGAAUGAGAGUUAUACAAAGGAAAUUGCGAGCUACAAGCGCCAACUGUGGGCAAGCAGCAAUUGGGGACAGGUGACCAAUCAAAGCAAGUUCAUUGCGGACGCAGUGACUGAAUUGAGGAAGCGUGUGGACCAACUGGAAGAAGUGUAUCAACAUCGAGACAUUCCGACAUCCCAAACAGGACAGACUGGGAAAUUUAAAGACGUCGGUCCUGACCCUUCCCUUUCUGGAGUAAAUCCUGCCCUUAUUGAGUACCUUACCAAACUUUUUGCCCAGAUCCAAGACUUACGUCAGGGCAUCAUCGAGCGCAACCAGCUGAUAGAAGACGUGAAGAAGCACCUGGCCAUGCAAGAGGUGACCAAUCUCCUCCUCAACGCUGACAUCCAAAGGAGGGACAUUGAGCUGCAGCUUUACAGGAAGAGGCACCGUCAUGGUACUCGGCGCCACUGCACCUUCGGUGGCAGGGACUUCUGCAUGCGAGAGGGCUGCCAAGACCAACAUUCCAGCCCCACACUACAACAAAGUCCCAGGUGUUCAAAUGCUGCCCACAUCCGCGAGAGACUCAGGAACAUCCAGCAUGGCCAUUUUGAUCCCGCAGCUGUUAUGGAACCGGACAUACCAGAUAUCCUCCGAAACUGUGGUAUCUGUUCUGAGCCUGCUACCUCAGUUAAGAGGGACGAUGUCCACCUAACACCUGUAGGAUCUCCAAUGAGUUCAAGAUCUCCCUCUGUCUCCAGACCAGAGUCACCUCGGCCCCCAACAGGGAGACGGGGUAUCAGAAUUCCCGUGAAAGGAGGAGAAAAUAAGGAAAUUCAAAUCAGCGUCAAGUGCACAAGUAGCCCUCGUCGUAAAUUAGCUCGGCAACAUGAACGAGCAUCAUUUGAUUCUAGUCUUAUUAGUUCAGGGAACGGAUAUCCAAAUCUAGUCACCUCGAAAAAUGUCCCAAGUCCUGAUCUUAGCUCCUCACGAAAGGCAGCCAGUUCUGAUGCCAGGUUGAAAUAUCUGACGUCAGUGUCCGUGCAAGCAGUGCCUUUGCCUCCAGAAUACUCUAAACUUUCUAAUCAGACUGUGGUGGAUUUAGGUGCUGGUUCAAGAGCCAGGCCGCUGAGUGACCAAGUCCCAAAGAGAAGUGGUGACGCAAAAGACUCUUUCCAGAAAACUAGUACUCCUAAAGGUGUGCCGCACAAAUAUGAAAGAAGUGCAACAUCCCCUCUCUACCCAGUAGAGGGUGAUGAUGAUUCCGAGACUAGGACCAGGUGCAGCAGCAUUUCUAGCGGGAGUGAUAUUUCCAGCGAUCGGUCUUUCAAAAUACGUUCCGCAACCUACUUUUCACCAAAGCCCUACGGCAGGUGCAAUACAGUUGAGGGGGAUAGUGAUAGAAGUCCACAGCAGCGGCAAAUACAGAGAAUGACUUUCCAAUAUCCUGCCACCUCACCGAUAUCGGGUCCAAAUACUCGACAGGUGGGCCCACUGCGAAAGCUACGAUCAGCUUCUGAUGUCUUACAUGAUCGCCCUGGACAAGACUACAUCGGUCAUGAUCAGCGCGAGAAGAUGUAUAAAGAACGAGAAGAUGUAUCAGAAGAGGUCGAAAAGGUUGCGAGAUCAUUCCGGUUGGAGUCGUCUCAGGAUGGGAAAGAAUCCCCUUCACAUGGCCAGGUGCGAAAAAUAAUUGAGAAACUUUCCUCUUUUGAUGAGGCUGAUUCCAGUAUGGAAGCAGCUGGCACCGAAUCUAAACCUCCAAUGAUCGACAUGACAAAUGGGGAACAGUAUAGUCUGAGUAGAGGAAAGGUGAAGCGACUUUCAGAGGUUUUCCUGUCUGAAAGUCCGCACACUUCUUCUCCUGACAGAACGUUUCCCUCGCCGGAGUCCCCGGCAGCCACUAGAAAAAGGUCUCAAGAAGAAAUCCCAAAACCAGGAACGGUUCAGAAACGGUUACAAGAGUUUUCACCCGGGGGUGUAGGUGGUGAAAACCAAGGAACCUGGUUAGAUAACUGGAAAAUGUCCCGUUCUGUACCUAAGGAAGGGACCGUCCAAAAAAGACUUGAAGAAUUCAAAACUGUGCGUUCGCACAGCGGUGAUUCCCACAACUCGUCGCGAAAGUGUUCGUUGACACGAGAAGGUGAAGCUGACGACAAUAUCAGAAGCACUUCAAGAGAACGAAGUAAAAUUGAACAAAGUAAUUCAAGCCCAAAAUUAAGCAAAGAUGUGAAACCUGAGCAGAUAUUGUCCGAAGAUAGCUUAACUGUGCAGCCCUCCAGUUCCAAGGAAGUCCAAACUCCCUCAGAAGCGCAAUCGUUUCCCAUCAAGGUCGCCUCGACUGCUCCUAAAGCACCAACACAGAGUUCUAUAUUCCUCCGUACGCCAAAGACGCGGAAGGCUUCAACAGAGAAGCAUUUAAGUCCACUGAAUCUCCUCGUACGUGAUACUCUAACCUUGAACUUAUUGGAUACAGAGGGUGAGGAAGCUACGUCACAGAAACCUAAAGAGGGGACGGAGGGCACAGAAAGACGUAGAGAAAAACGAAGCUGGUUUUCAAAAGGUUUCUUUAAGUCAUCCAAAAGCUGACACUAGAGGACGUCUAAUUCAACAUUGUCAACCGUCUGGUUCCCAGUGGACAGCCUCCCAAGUCAUAGAAGAUGAAAUCAUGAUAUAGGCUUAUUCAUGGUUGAUACAUAACGAAAUAUGUUUAGAUUUGUAACGUGUGGCAAGACCUGUCUCUGGUAGGAUCUAUCAAUGAGGCAGGUGUGGUCGCCACAGACAUCUCCUAUUCGUUUAAUUCUAUUGCCUAUCGCAUCCUUUUACAAGCCGUUCAUAUAUCCCUCGCCUGCUGAGCCAAAGCUCUUCUUUAAGUUAGUUCACCCAGCUGAGAAUGUCAGGCUCGUUGCUUGCCGUUUAGCACUUGCUUUACAGUCCAACGGAUCGUACAUUGUGGAAGUCAUUUGUCAAUUUGGCUAUAUUUGAAUGUACGCUCCGUGUGACCGUCUGAUGAUCACAUUUUCGUUUCCAGUCCUCAGCCUAUAGAGUUCCCAUGCACGAAUUUAUGUUAACAUUUCAAAAGAAGGGCAUGCUAGCCAUAAGGAGGGAACAAUUUCACUUGGCUUACAUGUAACAUUCUCACAUUGUGCACAAAAUAUCCUUAAUAUCAUUUUGCUUAUAAUGAGACCUGACAAAUCGGGCAAUUAGAAUUGAAGGCGCCCUCUGCUGCCAACUCCUGGAUGACUGAAACUCGAAUACUUGCCUCUGUAAACUGUACAUUGUAAAGUGUGUGUUUGUGUGCCAUGGGCCCCGUGGAUCACAGUCGAUAAAUGUUGCCUCCCCCUUUCCCGCAAAAUUCUGACUGUUAGGUGAAAACAAAGUUCCCAGGCAAUGUUGCAAUCACAUGCGUUCCUGUACACUAUUUUCUGCUGUCUAGCUUUCGAUGCCAACCUAUCCUUUCAGUCGAGAAAAUAGUUAUGAAAUCAAUGUAAGAACUGUCAGGAGAGGUUUGAACUAUGUGCAAGACACCAGGGGGAAAUAAUCGUACAUGUCCGAAGGUGACCAUUUCAUUAUCAAUGACUGACCGGCUUCAGGCUGGCACAGUAUCUUGACUGUGUUGUGCAGCUAUCCUUGAAAUCAGUAGAUCUUUUGGCGAAUUAUGUGAAAAUAUCACGGUAAGCUGGUUCAAUUUUGUCUACAAGUAUUAGGUUUGACUGCAGUAACAAUUUCAGCCAAAACCUAUCUUCAAAUUAGAUGCAGUGGCAUUGCAAAGUUAGCAACAAAUUUCCUGGUUCUUGACCAUUACUGGAUGACCAGUGAAUGAGCUCUUCCCUGGUGCAUCCUACACAUCGACUGUCAUCCAUAGAUACCUGGGCCGUGGACCUUUUCAUGGUGAUGACACUUAACCCAUGUUCACCAGCUACGAUUUCUUAGAUAGAUUAUGUAUAGAGCUGGCGGAAACGAUGUGUAGAUUUGUAUGUAAACUAACUCGUGUAUAUGGUAAUAAUGCUAUGUAUAGUAGAGUAGUAUAUGGAUGGGGAUUUCCAUGUUUGUUUGGUUGUCUGUUUCAGUGCAGAUUGGCUGGGUGGUUUCUGUCGCCGAUUGACAUGUGUGCUGUUGGUCAAAGGAUGAGUCUUCGACCAACAUUGUUUUAAUAUGUGGAUUCUACACUCCAUUAGUCGGUAGUUACGGCAUCCUGUUGUUCAGUAGUCACCUAGACAUCAACGUGUCGAUGACCCAACGUUGUCUUCAAGAGCAAGCGGUUAGUAAUAGCAUUGCGGAAACCUUACGUUGUAGCAUUAUUUGAAUAUUAAGCGAAGAUUUCUCCUCUGUAGGCCGAUUGUUUGUCGCAGUAAUAACUCUUUGAUUAGUGUAUGACGGGAUGACCAGUGCAGACACUGCUUCACAGGUUUGCUGUAAUUCUGUGAUACCGAGCCUCAUUAAUACCUUCUAAGUUAAUACAAGACGUCGUAUACCUAUUUCAAGUGUAUGCAUAACUGGCUAAAACCACCCAACAGCCCGAGACAGUCUGAGAGUAGAGAACUGUUCUACUAAGUCAUACUUGGUGCUAAUCGUAAUUCUGGAGACGAAGAAUAUUCUCUUGUGCAUUUUAGAGCAAUGGUGCUAUUUUAGAUUCUGCCAACCAACAGAGUUUGGUCGCUAAACUUGCAAUAACGUUUGCACCGAUAAAUAAUGUUAAUAGAUAUCUGAAUUCACGAUGGUGCUUGGAUAUGAACAACUCAGUACCGGUAACGUAUUUUCUUUAAUGCAUUAUCUAUGAAGUAGAGGUACUAAACACCUGAGAAUACCAAGAACAUGUCUUAGAAUAGUAUAUUUUGGACAUGACAGACCCACUGCCAUAUUACGUCUCAACUUUAUGUCGCUGUGCUGAUGACAAUGAACAGAAUACUCUACUGGUAAAUAAAGCUAUUAUGUAAAAAAGUCACUGACUGAUUUCGUUACUCACUGUAGAGGAUCAUCGUACCAGAUUUUCGUUGAGCUCGUACUUGGUUGUGCGAAGCAUUGAUAAUCAUGAUGCUACUUUGCGGCUUUGAGGUAAACCUAGCCCGAGAGUUCAGGGGUUCCGAUGGGUUGUGAUCAUCAUGCAGGUUCGUACCGGCACGAGCGAACUAUAUCCCAUAAUACAAGCAUUUCGCAUAAUUAACUACAUGUGUCGUGUUGCUCACGCAAGGUGGGUUUAUUUGAAAGUAAAUUGUACAUGUAAUGAUUUGAAAAUACGUGUUGCACAAGUUCACAAUGAUAAUUUAAUUAACUGAA